GUCGCCCGCGGCGGCCAAGAGAGAAACUAUCGAUCGAAGAGCAGAGCAGUGUGCGAGACUUUACCCAAGUGUAAAGCAAAGCCAAAAAGGCUACUAGACCUUUUUAUCUGAUUCACACAUACGCAGUUUACGACGACGCACCAUACAUUCCACCACCAACCUGCCUCUCUCUCGUCUUCUCGAUGUGCAGCAGCAGCGGCAGUAGCAGCGGUUGUUCACAUGGUCGUCGUCGGGGCUCGUCACGGCUCCUCCGCUCCUGCUUCGGUAUAAAUGUGAGGUGCAGACGACGGGCGAGGAGGUUCGUCAGGAGGAUGGGGUGGCUCCGGUCGCUCCUGUCCCCGCUGAGGAGGCUCUGGUGCCACAUGAACGCCGUGCAGCGAAAGAAGAGAGGGAUCUACAUCCUGUACGACGAUGUCAAGUCGUGCCCGUGCGAGGACGUGCACGUGCUGUGGUCGAUCCUCGUGGAGUCCCACGGCCUGCCGCCGCCAACCCCGAUGACGACGCCGGCGCCGGCGCCGGCGCUGAGGCCGACGCGGUGAGUGAGGACAACCGGGCAGAAACAAGCAGCGCCCGCAUUAAUGGCACCCGCGGCUAAUAAGGAGAUCGAGGUCGUCGUGGCCCAUCGGAGAUGAAGUGGUAGAAUCAUUGUGGGUGUACCGUGUAGAUAGGAUUUAGGACAGUGUUUGGUGCUGUCAUUUGAUUUGGCGGCCUUCCGUUUCAUCGGCAUCUCUCUUGGAGCAUGUUGAUCGGAUGGGUUGGCCGGCGGCAGAAUGCAGCUGCCGCAGUGGGGGGCUCCGGCCUGAUGAGUGUGGUGAUGGGCUUCUUCCUCCCUGGAGCGCACCCCUCUUCCGCCGUGUCGUCUCUGUUGAUUUGGAUGCGAUUGUUUCGUCCCUCUUUGGAUGAGUGGCGAAGAAGAAGAUGAACAGGAGUUGAAUCUCGCGAGAUUUAUGCGAAAUUGACGUCGCAACCAA